GACAGUUUAUUUACAGAUUUCAGGCAUGCCUCCUCGCAAGGAUCACAAGUAUGAAGUAAACGACAAAGUGCUGUGCAAACAUGGUCUUUAUUUUUACGAGGCUAAAAUCAUCGAAGUUGAAGAAGUAGACGGGGAGAUGGUAUAUAUGGUGCACUAUCAAGGAUGGCAUAAACGCUAUGAUGAGCGUAUCCGACAAUCACAAUGUGCUGAUUACUUUCUUCCGCUUACCGAAGCAAACAUAGCGAAGGCGAAAGCUGACAUCCAGGAAGCCACCUCAGCGAAAUCGAAGCGCAAACGUACCAAAUUGGAGGACGACGAUGCAAGGAAAAGCGAAACUGGCAGUAGGGCUUCCACGCCUAGCGAUAGGGCAGGGAGCAGUUCACAUGCACCUAGCACACAUAGUGAACGUCGUGGACAUUCUGCGAAGACUGAGAACGAUACAAGAAAAGGCGGAGCGGAUGCUGGGGCGAAUCGUGUUUCCGCAGAUCUGUUUGCACCUGAAGUCGACUCCCAACUUGAGCAGCUUGCCAAUCUUCCACGACUUAUCAAAAACAUAUUGGUUAAUGAACACGAUGCUGUAGUCAACCAAGGGAAGCUUGCAAUCUUACCGGCAAAGAUCACUGUACAUGACAUUGUGGAAAAGUACGUGGAGUUCACCGAGUCACGUUAUGGUAACAAAGCCGUAGAGAUCGAGCAUGACAGUGGCAUAACCUAUUUGGCUGAUGACGACCUACUUAUCAGGACAGCCAGAGCGAUGCGGGACUACUUCGAUAUCCUACUUCCGUACCAGCUACUAUAUAAAUUUGAACGCCUGCAGUUCAACACAUUGGCCAAGAAAGAACAAGAGAAGUUUGAGGGAGUCCAAGCGCGCUCCGAAGACGCAAUGCCUCGCAGAUCGCGCAAAUCAUCUCGCGAAGUAAAGACGUCCUUUCCGCUAUCGGUGUAUGUGCAAAUUUUGGACGGUGGACCACUUCGUCCCGAUAUAAUUCGACCGUCCAGGUUUUACGGUUUGGCGCACCUGCUUCGAAUGCUUGUUAAGCUUCCUGCUCUACUCCGUGCUAUACCGUGCGAUCAGGCUGAUCUCGUUGAACGAAUUGCUUGUAUCCAUGACUUCAUCGCAUUUCUUCGUCAGAACGCUCCUUUCAUACUUGACUUAAAUAAGGACUAUAAAGAAGCAACUGCUGAAUACGGUAGAAGCGUUGGAAUGAGCUGA